AUGCAUAGCCCUCUCACGGGCUUCUGCCUCCUUCUUGUGCGCUCUUUGGAGCUUCCACUGAGCGCGACGGAUGAAGAAUUGACACUUCAGAAUCUUCAAGCAAACCCAACCGAUCUGGACCUGGAUAAUGAUCCACUGGACAACCAGGAGAAGCUGUGUGAUGGUAAUGAUGAUCCGCCAGGUGAUCAAGGUCAGGAGCAGCCUAGAACAGACCCACAAAAGGCGCCCGAGCCGGACGAGGAGCCUGAGCACGAGGCGGAACCGUGGCUGAGGGCGAGCUAA